AUGAGGGCUAGGAGGGAAGCGAAGAAGAGGGCAAAGGCAAUGAGUCAUGGAGGUACAGGUGGUUUAGUUGAUGGGGUGGUAUGUGAGGAUGAAUUAAGUGGUAUGAAGAGGACUUCGAAAAAGUGCGAAUGUCAGGCCCGUGUUUAUGCUAAAGUUAAUGAAGAUGGCUUGUGGGAGUUGAAGAGCGUGGAACUAAAGCAUAAUCACGCGAUUGAUCCGGCAAAUUCUAAGCUUGUUAAGGAGUACCGCAUGAGGCAAAUGACCUCCAAAGUGAAGAAGACGUUGACAGAUUUGUACGAGCAAGGUGUACCAAUUUCUCAAAUACACGGUUUCAUGGCGAUCGAACGAAAGGGUAACAUGGCUUUGACAGUAAAAGAUUUACAACAUGAGGUGUACAAGGCUAGGCGGUUGAAGAUGAUUGGAAGGGACUCGGUGGCAAUGAUGGAGUACUUUGACAAAAUGCAAACCGGGAACCAAAUUUUUUUCCAUGCUCAACGUUUGGAUGAAGAAGGGAGGCUUAAGGAUGUGUUGUGGGUGGAUGCAAGAAGUAGGGUAGCUUAUGAGGACUUUGGUGAUGCGGUUUGCUUCGACGCAACAUACCUAACGAAUGAGUACGAGCUCCCGUUUGCGAACUUUGUUGGUGUGAACCACCAUGGGCAAUCGUUGUUGUUGGGAUGUGCUCUUGUUUCACAUGAAGACUGCAAUACGUUUGCGUGGAUAUUUCGACAGUGGUUAGCUUGCAUGAACAAUCGAGCUCCUAAAGCCAUAUUGACCGACCAAGUGGCAGCUAUGCGGAGGCCCCUUGCUGAAGUCAUGCUAAACACGGUGCAUCGUUGGUGCAUAUGGCAUAUCAUGAGCAAGAUCCCUGAGAAACUUGUUACCAAGAGUUCGUCAACCCCCUCAAAGAGCUGGUAUAUGAGAGCUUUGACCCCGAGGCGUUCCAAACCCGAUGGGCAGAGUUUAUUGCCGAGUAUAAGUUGGAGGACAAUGAAUGGCUACAGAGCCUACACAAAGAGUCAUAUGUGGGUGCUUGCGUACGUGAAGGAGUUUUUUUGGGCAGGUGUGAAGACCACACAAAGGGUGGAGAGCAUCAAUCGGUUUUUUGACGGCUAUGUGAACCGUAAAACAAAACUCCAUGAGUUUCCUCAAAAGUAUUGCAUGGCCUUGGAUCAACGCGUUCGAGAUGAACUGAGUGCAGAUGCGCGUUGCUCGAAGUACCUUAGGAGGUUGGUUAGUGGAUUAAAAGUCGAAAAAAUAUUCCAAAAGUUAUACACGGACAACAAGUUUCAAGAAGUUCAAAAGGAGUGUACGAGAAUGAUGUAUUGCAACGUCCGAGGAGAGAAGGUUUUGUCUGAAAAGCUUAUUCAGUAUUCAGUGGUCAAUCGUGUAUGGAUAGUACCUCCCGGUGCAAGUGAGGAUGUCAUUACAAACAGGCGAAGAUCCUACAAUGUUACUUUCUGUCCAGUGACAAAGGAGGUGCAGUGUGACUGUAGGAAGUUUGAGACAAGUGGAAUACUUUGCAUACACUGUAUUAGGAUUUUGGAUGAAAACUUGGUUGAAGAUCUACUAGAGAUGUACGUUGUAGACCGUUGGAGGAAGGACAUACCCCGGAAGCACACUAGGGUUAAGGUGGCCUACCAUGAUCCGGGGGACACGGUCAAUGUGAAGAGAUUCAACAAAAUGAUGCAAAAACUCGAGCCCUUAUGUGAAACCGCUGCCAUGGUGGACGAUCAAACGGUCCAUAUGGUAAUUGAAACACUAUCGAAGCUUCAAUUAGCUGUUAAUGAGCGUAGGGACAAGAAGAGUAAGGAAAAUGUUCCUGUAGUUAGUACAUUGACAUCAGCUACUGAAGGCAGAACGUUUUCCUCAGUUAGCAAUCCUGUUGCUGAUGCUACUGCCGUAGACUCCUGUCCAGCUGCCAUGGACCUUGUUAUCAAAGACCCUAUAAUUAAGAAAAGGAAAAGGGGCAGGCCUAAGGGUUCAAGGCACAAAACGUUAGCUGAAACUGGCUACAAGAAAACCAACAAGAAUAAGAAGCCUAGCCCGGAGCAUGCAGGAAAUGGUGUUGAGGAGGAUGCUGGAAAUGGUGGUGAGGAGGAGGAUGCAACAACAAAUGGUGUUGAGGAGGAGGACAUGGUGUUGCAGGAUCUGGUGUUUAGGAGGAGGAUGCAGGAAAAGGCAGGAAUGGCAGAACCCGGUAAGACAAAGGGGAAGACAACAGAUGCAGGAAAUGGUGAUAGUGGUGAGGAGGAUGCAGCAGCAAAUGGUGUUGAGGAGGAUGCAGCAGCAAAUGGUGUUGGGCAGGAUGCAGGUGUUGAGGAGGAGGAAAUGGUGUUGCAGAAUCCGGUGUUUAGGAAGAGGAUGCAGGAGAAGGCUGGAAUGGCAGAACCCGGUAUGUCAAAGGGGAAGACAACAAAGGGGAAGGGGAAGGUAAAUACGUCUUCUCGAAAGCUACCUGUAAGUUUCAAUACUAAUUUUAUGUCAUUCUACCUCAGUGAUUAUUUAUAUGACAUUGAACACAUCGCACCUGUCACAGGUGAAGUAGAAACGUCUUGA